CGAGUGUGAGUUCCCUGUUCGGUUUAGCUUAUCAGUUUCCGUCUGUGAAGCCCCUGCUCCAAAUGAGGCCUAUAUAAAUGCAGUCACUUCAUGAGAGAUCAUCAUACGGAAAAGUGCAAUGUCUUCUACGUGGAUUCACCUGCUGGGACUGCUGGCUCUGAUCCUGUUCGUCACCCUGGCCGCAGGAGAACCCUUCCCCUUCGACGAGAGACGCCACAGGGGCUGGAAUCCACGUCCAGGAUCAAUGCCACACAUUCCCAGCACACCACCUUUUAAUCCGCAUGGAUAAGUCAUCGCAAAUAUAACUAAAGCUAUCUAAAUUUCAAUCCUAAAUACUUCAAAUGGGAUUGUAGAAAGUUAAGACCACAUUGUGCCAAAAAUAUGUCUAUAUACACACCCGAAAUAGAUAUAUCCACCUUAUUAUCAGUCUUCAA